CGCGUCUUCGGGCUUUGUCGUUCACCUCCGUAGCUAGUUGUUGCUUGUCUGAGGUCUGAACGAUGAUUGACAAUAAUGGCGACGCGUUUAUUCUGAGUUGACUCCAGGGGAACGUUCUCUGGUUGACAAAGGGAACGUCUGGGGUGGAUUUUCAGCUCGACGGACAUAAAACAAUAAGAAUAAGGACUAACAUUUACCUCAACGGAAAAUAACUUGCUAGCCAGGAGAGGUUUAUCCUGCUAGCAUUGCUACAGCUAGCAACUCGGCUCGCUAGCUUGCUAAGUUGAAGAGGUGGCAUUAUUGUGUAUGGAGUGGAGGAGAGAGAGCUUGCUGGGUACUCAGAUCUGGCUAAGCUAGCAAUGUGGCUACUUAAUAGGCUUUUGGGCUAAACGUUUAUUAGUUUCUCAUUCUCCAAGUCAACGCCGAUGAGGCACUGACUUACAGUUACCGUUAGCUUGUGGAGGAUAGUUUUCUAGGAGGCUCCGACAGCCUCCUUUAGGUAGCUAGCAGGCUAGCUUUGUGGAUUGUUCGUCUCCUUUCCUGUACGGACUUGUUCGCACUUGGGAUUUUGGAAACUGUCCACCGGCUUUCAAACUUGUAAUAUUGCACAAAAAAAAAAUGACUACCGGCAGGAAUAACCGAGCGAUGAUGGAAGGAGUCGGAGCCAGAGUGGUCCGCGGACCCGACUGGAAGUGGGGGAAGCAGGAUGGUGGAGAGGGACAUGUUGGCACCGUGAGGAGUUUUGAAAGUCCAGAGGAGGUGGUGGUUGUCUGGGAUAACGGGACGGCUGCUAACUACCGCUGUUCUGGAGCGUACGACGUGAGGAUAUUAGACAGUGCUCCAACAGGCAUCAAGCAUGACGGAACCAUGUGUGACACCUGCCGUCAACAGCCCAUCAUCGGCAUUCGCUGGAAAUGUGCUGAGUGCACCAAUUACGACCUUUGCACAACCUGUUACCAUGGAGACAAGCAUCACCUGAGACACCGCUUCUAUCGGAUCACCACCCCGGGCAGCGAGAGAGUUCUUUUGGAGUCACGUCGAAAGUCAAAGAAAAUCACAGCCAGAGGGAUCUUCACCGGUGGCCGGGUUGUUAGAGGAGUGGACUGGCAGUGGGAAGACCAAGAUGGAGGCAACGGAAGGAGAGGAAAGGUGACGGAGAUCCAGGACUGGAGUGCAGCCAGCCCUCACAGCGCUGCCUACGUACUGUGGGACAAUGGGGCCAAGAACCUGUACAGAGUGGGCUUUGAGGGAAUGUCGGAUCUGAAAUGUGUCCAGGAUGCCAAAGGAGGCUCUUUUUACAGAGACCACUGUCCCGUUUUAGGUGAGCAGAAUGGCAACAGAAAUCCUGGCGGCCUCCAGAUCGGAGACCUGGUCAACAUCGACUUAGACCUCGAGAUUGUUCAGUCCCUUCAACACGGCCACGGUGGGUGGACUGACGGCAUGUUUGAGACGCUCACCACCACCGGCACAGUGUGUGGCAUCGAUGAGGAUCACGACAUCGUCGUCCAGUACCCCAGUGGGAACAGGUGGACGUUUAACCCCGCCGUGCUGACAAAGGCCAACGCAGUGCGCAGCGGCGACGCAGCAGCCGGGGCCGAGGGAGGCACCUCCCAGUUUGUAGUGGGAGACCUGGUCCAGAUCUGCUACGACAUCGACCGCAUCAAACUGCUCCAAAGAGGCCACGGAGAGUGGGCCGAGGCAAUGCUACCUACCCUCGGCAAGGUGGGCCGUGUGCAGCAGAUCUACUCUGACAGCGACCUGAAGGUCGAGGUUUGUGGAACUUCCUGGACGUACAAUCCCGCCGCUGUCACCAAGAUUGCCCCCUCUGGCUCCGCUGUCACCAACGCCUCUGGAGAGCGUCUGUCUCAGCUGCUGAAGAAACUGUUUGAGACACAAGAGUCUGGAGACAUCAAUGAGGAGCUGGUCAAGGCAGCAGCCAAUGGUGACCUGGCCAAAGUGGAGGACAUCCUGAAGAGACCUGAUGUGGAUGUGAACGGCCAGUGUGCUGGACACACUGCUAUGCAGGCAGCCAGUCAGAAUGGUCACGUGGACGUCCUAAAGCUGCUGCUGAAACACAGCGUGGACCUGGAAGCUGAGGACAAAGAUGGAGACCGGGCAGUGCACCACGCAUCCUUUGGCGAUGAGGGCUCUGUCAUUGAGGUACUGCAGAGGGGCGGUGCUGACUUGAAUGCCAGGAACAAGCGAAGGCAGACUCCUUUACACAUAGCGGUCAACAAGGGACACCUGCAGGUGGUCAAAACCCUGCUGGACUUUGGCUGCCACCCCAGCCUUCAGGAUUCCGAGGGGGACACGCCGCUGCACGAUGCCAUAAGCAAGAAGAGAGAUGACAUGCUGUCUGUGCUGCUGGAGGCUGGUGCUGAUGUCACCAUCACCAACAAUAAUGGCUUCAAUGCCUUGCAUCACGCGGCACUUCGAGGAAACCCCAGUGCCAUGCGCGUGCUGCUGUCUAAACUGCCGAGGCCUUGGAUCGUAGACGAGAAGAAGGACGACGGCUACACCGCUCUGCAUCUGGCAGCCCUCAACAACCAUGUCGAGGUGGCCGAGCUGUUGGUGCACCAGGGCAGUGCCAACUUAGACAUCCAGAACGUCAACCAGCAGACGGCGUUACACCUGGCAGUGGAGCGUCAACACACUCAGAUAGUCCGGCUGCUGGUGCGGGCGGAGGCCAAGCUAGACGUGCAGGACAAGGACGGGGACACGCCGCUCCACGAGGCACUGCGUCACCACACACUGUCCCAACUGCGACAACUCCAAGAUAUGCAGGACGUCAGCAAAGUGGAGCCCUGGGAACCCUCCAAGAACACAUUAAUCAUGGGCUUGGGCACCCAGGGGGCAGAGAAGAAGAGUGCGGCAUCCAUCGCCUGCUUCCUGGCAGCUAACGGAGCAGACCUGACCAUUCGUAACAAGAAGGGCCAGUCCCCUCUAGACCUGUGUCCAGACCCCAGCCUCUGCAAGGCUCUGGCCAAGUGCCACAAAGAGAAAAGCAGCGGUCAGGUGGGCACCCGCAGCCCGUCUCUGAACAGCAACAUCGAGACCCUGGAUGAGUGUAUGGUGUGUUCGGACUUGAAGAGAGACACUCUGUUUGGGCCCUGCGGACACAUCGCCACCUGCUCCCUCUGCUCGCCUCGCGUCAAGAAGUGUCUCAUCUGCAAGGAUCAGGUCCAGUCGAGAACUAAGAUCGAAGAGUGCGUAGUCUGCUCUGACAAAAAAGCAGCCGUACUGUUCCAGCCCUGUGGCCACAUGUGCGCUUGUGAGAACUGUGCCAGCCUCAUGAAGAAGUGCGUACAGUGUCGGGCUGUAGUGGAACGCCGUACCCCCUUUGUUCUUUGCUGUGGUGGGAAAGGUAUGGAGGAUGAGGCCGCUGAUGAUGAUGAUGAUGAUGAUGAUGGUGAUGAUGAUGAUGAUGAUGAUGAUGAUGAUGAUGAUGACCUUACAGGGAGCUCUAACACUAUGGCAGGGGGAUCGCAGGAUCUUCUCCAGCCCAACAAUCUGGCAAUAAGUUGGUCCAGCGGAAACAUCCCCGCUUUGCAGAGAGACAAGGACAACACCAACGUCAACGCUGAUGUACAGAAGCUCCAGCAACAGCUGCAGGACAUCAAGGAGCAGACUAUGUGUCCGGUGUGUCUGGACCGGCUGAAGAACAUGAUCUUCAUGUGCGGCCACGGCACCUGCCAGCUGUGUGGGGACCGAAUGAGCGAGUGCCCCAUCUGCCGCAAGGCCAUCGAGCGCCGCAUCCUCCUUUACUAGACCCCCCCCCCCCCCCCCUACCACAGACUCUUUCUCCUCUCUUAAGGCCCUCACCGAACGCCACAUUCACACCAGCUGGUGCUGCCGCUGCUCACCAUCCCCACAGCACCCGAGUCAGCCAGCCGAGGGCGUUCUCUCACGUCUUAUUCGACACGACAAAUGCUCUCUUAAUGGUUUGCUUUCAGAUGGAAUUUCUGUUACAAAACAAGGAAAAAAAAAUAUGAAUUGACGUUUUUAGCAGUUUUGCUGUUCUGUCGUGUGUUCUACGAACUACGUGCAUCACACGCGUCGCCUUUUUCUCCCAUUUUUCUCUCUGCCUUUCUUCUCCCGCCAUCAUCUUCUCGCUCUCCUCUCUGUGUGAUUCUCUGUUUUUAAUGUGAAAGUUCUUUUCUCUCCGAACGAGUCCACGGUGGCUCCUUUUAGCCUCGUGGUCCUGGACAUGAACUUUUUCGGGGCUCAUUUCUGGAUUUCACCCCAGAACGGCUCCCCGCUAAAGCAGAACUGUAGAGGAGGUGAUGAAGAGGUCGGGCCCCCCGGUCCCUUACGAUGUAAAGUUCUCGCACAUCUGUCGCAGUCAAUGCCGGCUGCAGUCGAAUUUUAUUGUAUUUGUAAAUCUUUAUGCACGUGUAUUGGUAUCGGAAGCUCCAGAUGUGGAUUUUAAGUACUUAAUUUUUCGCAACUUAAUGGCCAGUUUGUGACACAUUAAUGGCCAGUUUGUGACACAUUACUGUUUUGCACCACUUAAAAAGGUUCCGCGAGUGUUUUCAGCUUCAUGUCGGUGUUCAGUUCGGCUGCUGUGACACUCGUGUGCCGACUGAAGACCGGAUGUUUUGGCAGUUUUGCACUAGAAACGCCGAGUCAGGGUAAAAGCUCUUUUCUGCAGCGACUUUGGAGGUCCACUUCAGCUCAUUGAUAAAACGCAGAUGGAGUUGUAGUAACUGCCAGGGAGUACGCACACACACACACACACACACCGCACCCGUGUUUUUGUUAUCCAUGCUGUACCAACACUCUUUUUUUGGCUGCGAAUUCCACGGCCGCCGUGUAGCGACUCCAGAAGAACCCUCCCACUCAUCCAGCUUCUGUCCGGUGAUCAGCCCCCGUUGUACCUGUUCGUUGUACACACUACAUGAUGCAAACACUUCUGUCACAAGAGUAUCUUGUCACAACUUGAUGUUAAAACUGUUAAAACUGUUGAGACUUGGUGGUAUUGUCUGACAAAAAAAAAAAAAGUACAAUUCAAUGAGCAGUGCUAAUUUACCAUUGACAACGCUGUGCCAUUUGCUUCCAAAAAUCGACUUGUUUAAAUAACUUGUAUGGGGAUAAGGUGCUCUUUAUCUUGUAUUACUUUUUUUUAUUUAAGUGCAUUUCCUUUUUUUUCUCUCAAAAUCAAGGAUUUAUUUGAGCUAGAGAGUACAAUCCAUUAGAACACUAAGAUGAAAAUGUAGAAUAAAUUAUUUUGUAUUGCUGCCCAAAAAAAAUAGGAUUUAUAGGUAACACUGCCUUCCUAAUAUGUAGCCUCAAAAUCUCACUUAACAUCCUGCUUUGAUAUUAAUGUCGAGAUCCGUUUGUGAUGUUUUUCGUUGGCAGUAGCUUUCUAGCCGUCAUCAGUAGAAGCACUUUUUAUUUCUCUGAAAUAGAUCUCUGUAAGCCGAACGUGUUCAUUUGUGAAACUGAAGAAGAAGAAAAAAAAAAAGACAUUUUGUCGUCAAAGGUGUCGAGUAUGUUUUCAUCAGUGUUUUAUUUGGGAGGAAAGCUAAUGAUUUUAUAAAGACAGAACUGCCUUACCUGUUUUAAAAGGCAGUGGCCCAUGUGGAGACUCAGCGAGGAGGCUAGCUUGCUCCUCCUCUAUGUGGGAAUUUGCAUCCGCAUAAGAGCAUUGUUUUGUUUUCCUUCUUUCGACUGAAAGCAACUUUUUUGAGUACAGUUUUGAUUCUUUUCAUUGAUCAUGAUAACACUUAAAGCUGGAAGCACUAAUACGCUUUAUGGUAGUGUUGUCUUGUUAUGGUUGUUAUGAAAAAGCCUAUUUUGUACUUUUAUUUUCAAUACCUGUAACUGUCCUGUUGGAAAAAUGUAUCGGUAGUAUUUUCUUUGGCAUGAAUGUUUGACAUAUGCAGUACGACAUGUAUCAUGGAAACCGUUCAGUCUGUAUUGCUAAUAAGUGCUUUUAAAAACAACCAUAUAGCUGAAAUAAAGUUCUACAUGAACCACGGGA